AUGAAGUUCUCCGCUGUCGUUCUGGCCACUGCCGCCACUACCGGUGCUGCCGCCGAUGCUGUCUUCAACGUCCGCGACUUCAAGGCCAGCUGCACUCCUCACAGCGCCAUGUGCAGCUACUCUUUCAAUGUCAUCCAGCCCGGCACCAUGGACACUGAGGGCUAUGAGUGCACUGCCAACGUCCCCGGUGCUGGCCCCGGCGAGCUUCCCGAGGUCAAGGCUGGAACCUGUCUUCCCUCUUCACGAACCUUUGACGUCGUCCGCAGCGAUGAGGGCUUGACUCUCACCGUAUCCGUCCAGGUCUCGCCUAACAGUUUCACCAAGGGCUCGCACCUCAUCCCCAAGACGGACAUUAAGACUGUCAAGGGAGAUACCCCCACCGGUGACGUCCAGGCCUACACCGGCCCCAAGGACUUCCCUCUUGAGCGUAUCGAUUAA